AAACAAAGUAUUUUUAUUCAAACUGAAACUACACCAAAUCCAGAUAGUUUAAAAUUUAUACCAGGUGUUGAAGUUUUAUCAGAUGGUCAAAUUAUGGAUUUCCCAGACUUUAAAUCAUCACAAGUUUCACCAUUAGCAAAUUCACUCUUUAAAAUCGAGGGUGUUAAUAGAGUUUUCUUUAGUUCAGAUUUCAUUUCAGUUAAUAAAUAUCCAGAGCAAGAUUGGGCUGCAUUAAAACCUGAAAUUUAUGGAGCAAUAAUUGAUUUUUAUAAUUCAGGAUCACCAAUUUUAAGUGAACAUAGCAGCGAUAUAAAUACAGAUACUACAAUUUUACCAGAGGAUAGUGAAGUAGUUGCAAUGAUUAAAGAAUUAAUUGAAACUAGAAUUAGACCAACCGUAUUAGAAGAUGGUGGUAAUAUUAAAUAUAUGGGUUUUGCAGAUGGUAUUGUUUUAGUACAAUUACAAGGCACAUGUUCAUCAUGUUCAAGUAGUCAAGCAACACUCAAAGGUGGCAUUGAAAGAAUGUUAAUGCAUUGGAUUGCUGAAGUAAAAGGUGUAGUUGCUAUUUCUGAUGACGAAUUAAAUGAAUUAAAUUUAGAAUAUUUUAAA